AAGAGUCUCCCAGUAACAGUGCUUCCUCUACGAAGCCUCCGGCUGCAAAGAUGGAUUUGGCGUACGUCUGCGAGUGGGAGAAACGGCCAAAGAGCAACCACUGUCCCUCCAUCCCGCUGGUCUGUGCCUGGUCUUGCCGCAACUUAAUCGCUUUUACCACUGACCUCAAAAAUGAAGAGGAAAAAGACCUCACCCACAUGAUCCACAUGAUUGACACGGAACAUCCGUGGGACGCCUAUUCCAUUAAUUCCGGACACGUGGAGAUGAUCACUUGCUUGGAGUGGGACCAGUCAGGCUCAAGGCUUCUGUCUGCAGAUGCAGACGGCCACAUCAAAUGCUGGGGGCAUCGGAACCACUUGGCCAAUGGUUGGGAGAGCACUGUGGGCUGCAGUGUGGAAGGGGACCCCAUCGUGGCUCUCUCCUGGCUGCACAACGGGGUGAAACUGGCACUGCACGUGGAGAAGUCCGGAGCGUCCAACUUUGGGGAGAAGUUUUCCCGGGUCAAGUUCUCCCCAUCGCUGACCUUGUUUGGUGGGAAGCCCAUGGAGGGCUGGAUCGCGGUCACCAUCAGCGGCUUGGUCACCGUCUCGCUGCUGAAGCCGAACGGGCAGGUCCUGACCUCCACGGAGAGCCUGUGCCGCCUACGUUGCCGCGUAGCCCUGGCGGACAUUGCCUUCACGGGUGGGGGCAACAUCGUGGUGGCCACCUCGGACGGCAGCAACGCCUCCCCGGUCCAGUUCUACAAGGUCUGCGUCAGCGUGGUCAACGAGAAAUGCAAGAUUGACACGGAGAUCCUUCCCUCCCUCUUCAUGCGCUGCACCACGGAUCCAGCUCGGAAGGACAAGUACCCGGCUAUCACCCACUUGAAAUUCUUUGCUCGGGAUAUGUCGGAACAGAUCCUGCUCUGCGCCUCCAAUCCAAACAACAGCAUCGUAGAGUACUGGUCGCUGCGCAAAGAGGGCCUCCCGGUGAACAACAUCUUCCAAAAGCUCUCGCCCACAGUGGGGGACAAGCCGCCGAUGAUUCUGAAGUGGCGGAUCCUCUCGGCCACCAACGACCUGGACCGGGUGUCGGCCGUGGCCUUGCCCAAGCUGCCCAUCUCCUUGACCAACACAGACUUGAAAGUGGCGAGUGACACCAAAUUCUUCCCUGGGUUGGGACUCGCUCUCGCCUUCCACGACGGCAGCGUCCACAUCAUCCACCGCCUUACCUUGCAGACCAUGGCGGUCUCCUUCGGCUCUCAGCGCCCGGUCGACGAGCAGGCCCUCAAGAGGCAACGGGCCGCCGGUCCCUCGGUCCACUUCAAAGCCGUGCAGAUGUCGUGGACGUCGCUGGCGCUGGUCGGGAUUGACAACCACGGCAAGCUGAGCAUGCUCCGGAUCUCCCCCUCCAUGGGCCACGUCCUGGAUAUGAACAUGUCCCUUCGCCAUUUGCUUUUCCUGCUGGAGUACUGCAUGGUCACCGGUUACGACUGGUGGGACAUUUUGCUUCACGUCCAGCCCGGGAUGGUCCAGAACCUGGUGGAGAAGCUGCAUGAGGAAUACAUGCGCCAGAAUGCAGCCCUGCAGCAGGUUCUCUCCACCCGCAUCAUCGCCAUGAAGGCCUCCUUGUGCAAGCUGUCCUCCGCCACGGUGGCUCGGGUGUGCGACUACCAUGCCAAGCUCUUCCUGAUCGCCAUCAGCUGCACCUUGAAGUCGCUUCUCCGUCCCCCGAUCUUGAACACCCCCGACAAGAGCCCCGGGGACCGACUCACCGAGAUCUGCUCCAAAAUCACCGACGUCGAUAUUGACAAGGUGAUGAUUAACCUGAAGACGGAGGAGUUCGUCCUGGAAAUGACCACGCUGCAGUCUCUUCAGCAGCUGAUCCAGUGGGUGGGCGACUUUGUCCUCUACCUCCUCGCCAGUCUGCCAAAUCAGGGAUCCGGCCCGGUCCGCCCGGGCCACAGCUUCUUGCGCGACGGCGCCUCUCUGAGCAUGCUCCGCGAACUGAUGGUCAUGAUCCGGAUCUGGGGGCUCCUGAAGCCCAGCUGCCUCCCCAUUUACACGGCCACUUCGGACACCCAGGACAGCAUGUCCCUGCUCUUCCGCCUCUUGACCAAGCUGUGGCUUUGCUGCCGUGACGAGAACCACCCCAGCGAGCCGGACGACGCCCUGAUCGACGAAUGCUGCCUCCUGCCCAGCCAGCUUCUGAUCCCCAGCAUCGGCUGGCUGCCCGCCAACGACUCCAUCAUCAGCAAGCUGCAGAACAAGCAGCCCCUCCGCCUGCAGUUCGGGAAGCCCCCGGGGCUGGGGGCCCACUCUGCCUUGCUGCACUUCGAUGCCUUUGCCAGGGCACCCGGGCAGCCCAAAAUCGACCACUUGCGCCGGCUCCACCUCGGGGCAUACCCCACCGAGGAAUGCAAAUCCUGUACCAGGUGCGGCUGCGUCACAAUGCUCAAGUCCCCCAACAAAGCGACGGCCGUGAAGCAGUGGGAGCAGCGAUGGAUCAAGAACUGCCUCUGCGGCGGCCUGUGGCGGAAGAUGCCCCUCAACUACUCGUGACGGCGCCCCCUGCAGGGAGGGAGGACUGCGGGGAGAGAUGUUCUCAGAGGAGGAAACGGCAAGUCUCCUGGAUCCCGGGGCGCCACAAGAUAGUCUCAUGCCUGGACUUUUUUUGGGGGUGGGGGAAGGUGAAAGAAAGGCAGAGAAUUUGGAAGACUGGACUGGUGUGGGGAGGGGAGGGGGGGGGAAGCUGGAUUUGAAGCCACCAAAAAGGUGCGGAGGAACAUUUGUGGGCCGUUCUCACCACACUUAGCGGGCUCCAAGAAAAGUGGGGAACCCCUCUCACCACAGAGAGGCUAACUCUCCCGCUCCCCAAUUUCUGUACCACGAUCUCUAUCUGAAAAUGACUGCUAUCCAAUACUGGCCGGUUGGGACUAAAUCGGGCUCCGUCUGCACAUUUCUCCCCUCUCUCCUGUAAAGAAAAAGAGGGAGAGAGAGAGAGAGAAACAACCCCUCUACCUGUGGCAGAGAUAAACUACCUCUUUACCUGUGGCACACCAGUAAGCGGGCAGUGCUUAAACUUUUUUCUCGGCACGUUAUCUUUCUACCUGCUGGUAUCCCCGCUCAGUUUUUGUCACGGCUCUUUGUCCCGAUACGUGGCGCUGUGCUGCUGUGGGAUUCCUUCCCCAGCCCCCCGUGUCUGAGGGAAAUUUCACCCAGUAGAGCUUCAUGCACCAAAGUUCGCUGUACCAUUCUCCUACGUUCCCGGGACAUGAUUCCCAGAUAAGGGGAGGGUUUUUUUGUGACAGGAAUCCUUUGCAUCUUAGGCCACACACUCCUGAUGUAGCCAGUCCUCCUGGAGCUUCCAGUAGGCCCUUUACGAAGAGCCCUGUAAGGAAUUCUAGCAGGACCUCCUUUGCCUAUUAGGCCACACACUCCUGAUGUAGCCAGUCCUCCUGGAGCUUCCAGUAGGCCCUUUACGAAGAGCCCUGUAAGGAAUUCUAGCAGGACCUCCUUUGCCUAUUAGGCCACACACUCCUGAUGUAGCCAGUCCUCCUGGAGCUUCCAGUAGGCCCUGUAAGAAGAGCCCUGUAAGCUCUUGGAGGAUUGGCUACAUCAGAGGGGUGUGGCCUAAUAGGCAAGGGAGCUACCAAAAAAAGGCCCUGCCCCAGAUAUCCGCUGAGCACAAACCUUCGCCUUUGUGACCCUGUUGUGGUUUGGUGCGGCCGUUCCACAGUUGCGGGUGCCGUGUUCUUCAAGCACCGCUCCCCGUGUUUGUGCAUGGCCCCUGCAAGGUCAGACGUUAACAGGGAAGAUGAAAAAUUCCUUGCAGCGGAGAAGGGGAAGAAGGGGUCGGGGUCGGUGUUCGGUUGCUGGUUACUCGUUGGUUUUUCUAAAUCCGUCUUCGAAUAAAGCUUUUCUAACAAAUUGCACAGGGAAA